CCAUAUGAACUAAAAUAGUUUUGUGUAAAUACAGACGAUUUAUUAGUUUGUGAAUAUAUUUUCUUCUGAGUCUUUCACGUCCAGUGGAGCUGUCAGGAAAAAAAAAUUAGGGAUGGCGCCGAGAUGGUCAUUAGUUUGAUUAGAUUCAAUUACAACGUUCAUUCCACUAAAUCUUAUACUUAUUCAAUGUAAGGAUGUCCCUUCAGUGGGACAAAUUAUCACCAGCAGAAUUCCAGCAGCUUCAAGACUUAGCAGCUUAUUCCACACGAAAACUUGAAGAUGUCCUUACUGAAUUUUGUGGUACAACAACUCUGGGUAGCGGAUCUAAAUAUCAUCCCGAUGGGGACAUCGAUUAUGAAGGGUUCCGCAAGUUUUUGGAUACAUACCUUGAAGUUGCCGCACCCGAUGAUCUUUCCCGCCACCUUUUUUUAUCAUUUAUCAAAAAAAAUACAAGAAAUGUUGACAGCAAAGCUUUUAAGGAAAUGACAGUUAUGUCAUCGACAACAGCAUGUGCCGCCAUAACAUCACAUACAACAUCCAGUAGUAAUGUGAAUAGUACAGGACUUGCUCCAGUAUCUACUGAAAGUCAUGGGGGUUCAUCUCUUGCUGAAAAAUUCCAUGGAUUAACGGAAAAGUUUCAAGCUUUGGGUCAUCACAGAACUGACAGUGAAACGUCAGCUCGGGCCAGAACAGGUAGUAUUCAUCCAAUGUUGACAAUUGCUCAUACGUCUUACAGUUGUCACGAUGUUUUGGAAAAAAAAAGCACUGAUAGUAGCCCUAGUCACAGUCAAAUGUCACGUAAUUCAUCGCGAAAGUCGAAUAAUUCUUUGCUCGUUAAUAAUGGAAAGCUAGAAGAAAUAAAACAUCUUGUGCGGAAACAAAGUACUAUUGAUGUUCACACGGUUAAAGUGAGCUUGAAAGAUAUUGUAUGCUAUCUUUCAUUACUUGAAGCUGGUAGACCAGAAGAUAAAUUAGAAUUUAUGUUUAGACUGUAUGAUACUGAUGGAAAUGGUGUUCUCGAUACUAAUGAAAUGGAUUGUAUUGUCAAUCAAAUGAUGAACGUUGCAGAGUAUCUUGGAUGGGACGUAUCAGAAUUGAAACCAAUUCUACAAGAUAUGAUGAUUGAAAUCGAUUAUGACGCAGAUGGAACAGUUUCUCUAGAAGAGUGGAAAAGAGGUGGACUUACAACCAUUCCACUUUUAGUACUUUUAGGUUUAGAUUCUCACGUGAAAGAAGAUGGAAAUCAUCUAUGGAGACUAAAACACUUUAGUAAGCCAGCUUAUUGUAAUUUAUGCCUUAAUAUGCUGGUGGGACUCGGCAAAAAAGGAUUAUGUUGUGUUUUUUGUAAGUAUACAGUCCACGAAAGAUGUGUUCAGCGAGCUCCAGCAUCUUGUAUUGCAACUUAUGUUAAAAGUAAAAAAACAUCCCAAAGUAUGGUACAUCAUUGGGUUGAAGGAAAUUGUCAUGGCAAAUGUUCAAAAUGUAGAAAGACAAUAAAAAGUUACAACGGAAUAACUGGACUGCAUUGUCGAUGGUGCCAAAUUACUAUACAUAAUAAAUGUGGAUCACAAGUAAAAGCAGAGUGUAAUCUUGGCGAGUACGCCAUUCAUAUUCUACCUCCUACAGCGAUAUGUCCAGUUGUCUUGGAUAGACAAAGAUCAUUAUCUCGAGACAGUAAACGUGGCAGCAAGUAUGGUCAGGAUACAUCUUCCGUUGGUUCUGGAGCUUUUCUAAGCACUAGUAGCAAUCCGAAUCAACAACCAGCGAUGUCUUUUCAAAUCACUCCACCACUAGGUUCAAUUCCUCUGCUGGUUUUUAUAAAUCCGAAGUCUGGAGGCCGACAGGGAGAAAGAAUGUUAAGAAAAUUUCAGUACAUUCUAAAUCCACGUCAAGUACAUAACCUGGCUAUUGGAGGGCCUAUGCAAGGUCUUCAAAUGUUUAAGGAUGUUGAAAAUUUCAAAGUGAUUUGCUGCGGCGGAGAUGGAACUGUGGGUUGGAUUCUAGAAACAAUGGACCGAAUUCAAUUUGAACAUCAACCGGCUGUUGGUGUGGUGCCAUUAGGUACUGGCAAUGAUUUAGCGCGUUGUUUGCGUUGGGGUGGGGGCUACGACGGCGAAGCAUUACACAAAAUUUUGAAAAAAAUAGAAAAAUCAACUCCGGUUAUGAUGGAUCGAUGGCAAAUCGAAGUUACUGACCAGAAAGAAGAAAAGAAACCUAAUCAAGACAGUAUUCCUUAUAAUAUUAUAAAUAAUUAUUUUUCUGUUGGUGUCGACGCUGCUAUUUGUGUUAAAUUUCAUCUUGAACGAGAAAAAAAUCCAGAAAAGUUUAAUAGUCGAAUGAAAAACAAACUUUGGUAUUUUGAGUACGCAACAACUGAGCAAUUCGCAGCAAGUUGUAAAAAUUUGCAUGAAGAUUUGGAAAUCGUCUGUGAUGGGACACCAUUAGAUUUGGCUCAUGGCCCAUCUCUGCAAGGAAUCGCGUUAUUAAACAUUCCGUUUACUCAUGGAGGUUCUAAUUUGUGGGGAGAACAUCAUGCUCGGUAUCACUUGAAAAAAAGGAAGAAACGACCAGAUAAAGAACUUAGUACUAGCAGCUUUAAUUCUGUUGAUUUGACGGUAGCUAUUCAAGACAUAGGAGAUAAUCUGAUAGAAGUAAUCGGCUUGGAAAAUUGUUUGCACAUGGGUCAAGUAAAAACUGGACUGAGAGCAUCCGGUAGGAGAUUAGCACAAUGCAGUAGCGUCAUUAUUAAGACUAAUAAACGCUUUCCUAUGCAAAUAGACGGAGAACCAUGGAUGCAAGGCCCUUGUGCGAUUCAUAUUACUCAUAAAAACCAAGUACCCAUGCUAAUGGCGCCACCGUCAGUCAAACGCCGAGGAUUUCUUCGUUUUUUUAAAAGAUAAAGAACUCACAUAUUUUCUACCAUCGUACUGUUUUAAGUUUAUGUAUAUGAAACAAUCCCUGACCAAAAACUUCGAUUGGAUCUGAUUAAAUUUCAAUUGUAUUCAUUCGGAAA